CAAGUUUAAAUUUUUAUUUAUUGCACAUUUUUUCUAAUUUCUUAUAACAAAUACAAUUUUAAUAAUUUUAAAAUGUCACUAUAACUGAUAGGCUAUCUGAUGCUACUUGAAAAAACUAUCCAAUUGUAUUGUAGAGCUGUAUUUUGCAAUGCAAGUCUCUACAGCAUAAUUUACAUAACUUUUUUUAUACACAAAGUGUGACAAAGUAGAUUUUUAUUUUAAAAAGUAUCAAUGCAGACCUAUGUAUAAAAUACAGAUAAAGUAGCCUUUUUAAUAAAAGGAAACAUUUAAAUUUUAAUUUAAAAAAAAAAACAGCCAGUUGCAUUCAGUUGUUUACAUGUAUAUUAUUGAACCAGCACAUGAAGGCCUGAAGGAUUUUUUUUUAUUAUGUUAAUGCUAACCAAGCGUUACUCAACCUGCUUGCUUUCAUUCAGUUAUUUAAAUUUCAUUUUUCUGAUUUAAAAAUGUUAAAAUUAGUGUGUUAAACUGUAGAAGUAGUUGACAAUUUUUUUAAAUAAAUUAAAUCCCUUAACUUUAUUUUUCAGUUAAUAUUUAGAAAGUAACAUAAACAAUUAGAUACAUAUUUAAUCACAGUUUGCACUUAAUAAAUCCUUAAAAGUAACUUAUCUUUCAGGGCAUAUCGUUGUGGAUUUCAGUCUUGAAACAUUUGCGCAUACAUAAUUACAGUCAGAAAAUGAUGAAUGUUCUCACUCAAGACAUUCCAAACAGUGUGCCCCCACCCAGAGGAAAGCUUCUCUUUCUCAUCAACCCCCACAGUGGGCCUGGCAAGGCUCACAUCAUCUUUAAAACAGAGAUUGUGCCAAUGCUCUUUGAGGCAGACAUUCCAUACAAGGCUUUCAUUACAGACCAUGCAGGCCAUGCCAGUGAGUUGAUAAAAGAAAUAAAUUUGUCAGAGUGGUAUGGAGUAGUGAUUGUUUCAGGAGAUGGGCUAAUAUAUGAGACUAUAAAUGGAAUAAUGCAGCGAGAUGACUGGGCAUCUGCCAUUAAGAUUCCAGUGGGCUGUCUGCCUGGUGGAUCAGGCAAUGCUCUGUGUUGUGCCAUUAACUAUGCAGCAGGGGAACCGUUGGAUGCAUCAAUGGUUCUUCAUUCCACCUUUGUCUUAACCAAACACAAAGUCAUUCCAAUGGACCUUGUUGCUGUACACAUUCCCAAUCAGACCAUCUUUUCUUUCCUAUCAGUGACAUGGGGUAUCAUGGCUGACAUAGACUAUGAGAGUGAAAAGUAUAGAAAACUAGGGGAAGCCCGCUUUACAAUAGGAGCUAUUAAUAGAAUUUUUAGCCUUCGCACAUACAGAGGUCGUGUUUCAUUUUUACCAGUUGCAGAAUACAAUCCAAAAGAAACAGGCAACUCAAAGAAAGUGCUAACAAAAAUCCGCAGGUUCUCCCUUAGGAGUCGCAGUAAUAGUAAAAGCACAAAUGACUCGACAGAAAGUGUAGCCAAACAGCGCUGCUACAGUAUGGACCACAGUGCCUAUGGCGAGCGCCAGAUGUAUUUAGGCGAUGCCAAACUGGACAGGGGGGAUCAUAAAGAAAUUUCUGGAAGUUCUGUGGAUGAGAGUAUGGUAACUGAGGAUGUAUUCGACAAGACCAGUUUGAAUAAGGAAGAAAUGGACAUUGGUGCUGAUAUGUCUGAGCAAGGAAAUAAUGUAACAAAUUAUAAUAAUAAAAACGAUACUGAAUCCACCAAUUCAGAUGCUGACCAGUUAAAUAAAGAUAAAAUUGUUUCUAUGGUGGAAUCAUUAAAUGGUGCCUUGGAACCAAAAGGGGAUAAAAACAUUAAUCAGCAAACAACACAACAGAAAGAAAAAACUGAGAAUGCAACAACUCUUAACUCUAGCUCAGUAGAAAGUGGUCACAUGACCAUCCUAUCUGAAAAACAAGAAAUAGUAGUUGAGGAAGAAAGAUACCACUGCAAGAAGUCUGACUACGCGCCAUUCCCCACGCCUCUCUUACCACCUUUAGACCAGGAUGUACCAGACAACUGGGUGAAGUUUGAGGGAGACUUCAUCCUGGCCGCGGCUGUGUAUCAGACCCACCUGGGCAGCGACAUGCUGGCAGCACCAGAUGCACACCUGCAAGAUGGGGUCAUUCAUUUGAUGAUGGUCCGGGAAGGGAUUUCAAAAGCUGGCUUGUUGAAAUUGUUUUUGUCUUUCGGUCAAGGCGGCCAUGUGCACUCACCUUAUGUUGAAAGUGCUAAGGUGCUAGCAUUUCGGAUAGAGCCCAGCACUACAAGUGGCAACAUAAUGAUUGAUGGUGAAAGAUUUGAUCCAAGCCCAAUUCAAGGACAAAUUUUGCCUGGUUUAGCCAGAGUAAUGGCUAUUCAGUAAUCCCUACAGAGUUACUUAAGUUGGUACACAAAUAUUUGAUAAUAAAUUUACAAUAUUUAUAUGUAACUUGUAAAUGCAGAUUUGUUGUUUUACUAGUUAAUUUUUGUGUUAUUCUCCCCCAUUCCAUUAUACUAUACUUUUGCAUAUGUAUGUACAUAGUUAUACUGCCUUUUGCAUGUAUGUCUUUACAAUGUUAGAUAUGUAAAUUUUUCACUAGCUAAUUUAGACUAAAAAUGUAGUUUUAUAUGAAAUCACAAUGUGAAACAUGCACAUGUGCCUUUAUUUAUAAAGAUAUUUUC